CUACACUUUAUCGCAAAUAACUUGUCAAAAAAAACCGCAUAGACCACCACCGCAUACAAGAAACGAACACCAUGCCCAGAGUCCCAAGAGAAACCAAAGUUUUACUCGGUCCGUUACAACUGUACCGACAGAUCCUGCGAGUACAUCGAUACAUGCCACCAGCACUUCGAAGCAUGGGCGACGAUUACGUCAAGUCGGAAUUCCGGAGGCAUCAGAAUAUUGACAAUCCAGCCCAUAUUAUUGGAUUUAUCUCGCAAUGGCAAGAUUAUUUAGAGACACUUGAGCAACAAACAGCGCCACCUAGCAACAAAGAAGAGUUGGUGGCACCUGUCGAUGAUCCUUUGGUUCGAAGCUUCAACUUCCCUGAAGGUGGUUGGGGCAAGAAACUCGACUCACAGCGUCUGGACAAGCUAAGCGACGAACAACUGGGCCAAUUGUAUGAACUACGAAACGAACUCAAACGAUCACUAGGCAGCGACCCGAACAAAAAAGACUAGUAUUAAAAUAAAUUGUACGCAUGUGUGUGUAUGCUUUCUUCUAUCCGUUGUUUAUAUGCAUAA